AUACUUCACUUCUUCAUGAUGUCAAAUUAUUUUCUCAGUACCACACCAAAAACAAAAGAAGAAGAAGAAGAAUACAAUUUUAUCUGCCAACAACACAAUCAGUUGAUAAAAACAAGUCCAAAAGGCAAUGGAUGGAGGGUAAAAACCUUAUACAACUACAAAGGCUUUUGGAUAAACCCAAACACCCUCAAAACCAACUUGAUUUUGCAUAGUUAUUUCAAAUGUCAACCCACAGACAUUAUCUUGGCCUCUUUUAUGAAAUCCGGAACUACGUGGCUUAAAGCCUUAAUGUUCUCUACUCUUAAUCGCGACCGCUACACCUUUUCUGACCACCAUUUGCUUCGCAACGGCCCUCAAAGCACUUUCCCUUUUAUAGAUUGCGAAUGCUACCCCAUAUCCGACUUCACACACCUUCCUAAACCUCGUCUCUUCGCUACACAUUUUGCACGUGCUCUUUUGCCACCAUGCAUGACUAGUACAUGCAAGUUUGUUUAUGUUUGUAGGGACCCGAAAGAUGUGUUGAUUUCAAAAUGGCAUUUCAUGAAAAAACUAAGAUCGACAGAUUUGCCUCCUCUUACGUUAGAAAAGGCGUUUAGUCUUUUUUGUCAAGGGGUUUCCGAGUAUGGGCCGUUUUGGGAACAUGUUUUGUCGUAUUGGAAAGCGAGUUUGGAAUCUCCGGACAAGAUAUUGUUCUUGAAGUACGAGGAAAUCAUGAAGAAACCCGAGGUCGUGGUGAGAAAGUUGGCCGAGUUUAUGGGAAAGCCAUUUGUAGAGGAUGAAGAGGAGAAAGGAGUGGUGAAUGAGAUUGUGAAGUUGUGUAGCUUUGAGAAUUUGAGUAAUUUAGAGGUCAACAAAAAUGGUGUAGAGAAAUUUGGGAAGCUUGUUGAGGUGGAGAAAUGCCAAUUUUUUAGGAAAGGAGAGAUUGGAGAUUGGAAAAACUAUUUGAGCAAAGAAAUGAAAGAAUGUAUUGAUGGCAUUACCCAUGAGAAGUUGAAGGGUUCGGGUUUGGUUCUUUAGCAAGUAAUUAAUUGGCCUUUAAUUUGUUCUUGCUUCUACUUUAAUUUUCUAUUAAUUUGUUGGUUGUUUGAAUUCGGGAUCAUCAAUAUAUAAAUUAAGGUUGUUUCA